AUGUCCCGUUGUAUCCAGUCUAUCGCACUGUUUAAAACGAACGUAGGCGCCAGUCAACAUUCCUCAGCCUUCAGUCAACUUUCCUCAGUCAAAUUUCCGCAGCCUUCAGUCAACUUUCCUCGGCCUUCAGUCAACUUUCCUCAGCCUUCAGUCAACUUUCCUCAGCCUUCAGUCAACUUUCCUCAGCCUUCAGUCAACUUUCCUCAGCCCUCAAUAAACUUUCCUCAGCCCUCAAUCAACUUUCCUCGGUCAACUUUCCUCAGCCUUCAGUUAACUUUCCUCAGUCAACUUUCCUCAGCCUUCAGUCAACUUUCCUCAGCCCUCAAUAAACUUUCCUCAGCCCUCAAUCAACUUUCCUCAGCCUUCAGUCAACUUUCCUCAGUCAACUUUCCUCAGCCUUCAGUCAACUUUCCUCAGCCCUCAAUAAACUUUCCUCAGCCCUCAAUCAACUUUCCUCAGCCUUCAGUCAACUUUCCUCGGUCAACUUUCCUCAGCCUUCAGUUAACUUUCCUCAGUCAACUUUCCUCAGCCUUCAGUCAACUUUCCUCAGCCCUCAAUAAACUUUCCUCAGCCCUCAAUCAACUUUCCUCAGCCUUCAGUCAACUUUCCUCAGUCAACUUUCCUCAGCCUUCAGUCAACUUUCCUCAGCCCUCAAUAAACUUUCCUCAGCCCUCAAUCAACUUUCCUCAGCCUUCAGUCAACUUUUCUCAGUCAACUUUCCUCAGCCUUCAGUCAACUUUCCUCAGCCCUCAAUAA